CGACACACUUGGGCGGCUUAUAGGAAAUGGCGUCGAGCAUUGAUCCAUCACACUCUCAGCGAAGGAACAGUAUGACUGAACCUCCUGAAAUUUCUGAUCUGAGGAUUGUCCUGCUGGGCAAGAACAGCUCAGAGAUCAGCAGAGUGGGAAACUUCAUCCUGAACAGAGAUGCGUUUGAUACUGAAGCUCCUUCUCCUUCAGUAGAGCAACACAGUGAGAGGGCCAGAGAAAAUGUGGGGGGAAGAUACAUCACCCUCAUCAACACUCCUCACCUGUUUGACCCCUGUCUCUCACAGGAUCAGCUCACAGUUCAGGUUAAAGAGUGCAUGUCUCUGUGUGCUCCUGGACCUCAUGUUAUAGUGCUGGUUCUACAGCCAGAUGACUUCACAGAGACAGACAGAGACAGACUGUAUCACAUCCUCUACUCUCUGUCUGAUGAGCCUCAUAAAUACACCCUGACACUAACAACACAAACUCUGCCAUCAGGUAUCACUGAAGAUCCUGUUCAGGAGGACAUCAUACAAAAGAUCGCUCAGUGCAGCAACAGACAUUUUGAGUUUAGCAGUGAAUGCAGUCGUUCUGAUCUAAUGGAAGUGAUGGAGAAGAUCUUUGAUGAAAAUGGAGGAAGCUACUUUAAGUGGGACGAAUAUGAGGAGGCUAAACUUGUAGACCUUCCUGAAUCAAUGCUACCUGAAUCAGUCAAGAGUAACAAAGAGCAGGUCACUGAGCUCCCAGAGGAGAUAGACAGAAGGAAGAGGGAGGAAGAGGAGAGAAAACAGAGAGAUGAUGAGCAAAGACGAAUGGAAACUGAGAGAGAGGAGAGUUUGAGCAUGGAAGAGAGAGUUAGGACAGAGACAGAGGAGAGAUUCCAGGUGAUGAGAGCUAUGAGGCCAAAUAAUAGAUCUGCUUGUCAUAUCAUGUAAACUAUGUUUUGUGGGGGUUAUCAACA